AAUACGCAUUUCAUUCUUAAGUCACGAAGGACACGUUCAAUCCACAACAGGCAACAGGACGUCGCUACAAUACUAAAGACCGUUGAAAUUCGAUUAGUAUGUAUGUAGCUUUGCCUUCAGCACGUUAAAGCCUGUCACGGCUAGCGAGUGUUACAUAAGCAGACGUUAAGAACUUAAGUGUAAUUCCUGUCUGGUUUCUACUGAGCACUCAAAAUGGGGCUUAAACGUCGUAACAUCAUCAUCAUCGCAGUGGUCGUCAUCGUUGUGCUCAUUGCCAUUGCACUAGGUCUAGGUCUAGGUCUAGGAUUGGCCAAGAGCAAGGACGAGAAAACUAGUGACGAGAAACCAGCCAAUCAUGAAGGGCCUUAUGAGCAUGCAGUCGUCGCGAGUGAUUCCGGCGAUUGUUCGGAGGUUGGUCGGGAUUUUCUUCGUAAGGGUGGAUCCGCAGUCGAUUCUGCGGUAGCCACUAUGUUUUGCAUUGGACUUCGUAACAUGCAUUCUAGUGGGAUCGGAGGCGGUGGCUUCAUGUUAGUCUAUGAGAAAGGAAAGAAACAGGCUCACGUGAUUGACUUUCGUGAGGUUGCGCCCGCGGCUGCAACUACUAACAUGUACGUCAAUCAAAGUGAAAAGGCGAUAAACGGGGCGUUAGCUGCCGGCGUCCCUGGUGAAGUCAAAGGAAUGUACACUGCAUGGCACCGGUUUGGGAAGCUCCCCUGGAAGGACCUUAUUCAACCUGCUAUCGAUCUGGCAACUAAUGGCUUCAAGAUCGGCAAACCACUACACGAGGCUAUAAAGAGGAAAGCACAGCUUAUCAAGAAUGAUCCUGGGCUUAGUGAUAUUCUGAUGGAAAAUGGGGAACUGAAAUCCGAGGGCGACAUCAUCAAGAACCCCGAACUAGCUGCAACACUGACUAAGAUCCAACAGGACCCCCAUUCCUUCUACAACGGGUCCUUAGCGAAGGAUAUCGCUAAAGACAUAAAAGACGCUGGCGGUAUAAUUACAGAGGAGGAUUUGAAAAACUACAAAGCGGGGACAUCAAAAGCGGCCAUUAAGAAUGAGUUGAGGGAUCUGACAUGGUACACUGUCCCACCCCCCUCGGGUGGUGCUGUUGUUACACUUAUUCUGAACAUCUUGAAAGGUUAUAAUCUGAGUCCCAGUGAUCGUGCCAAUGAUAGCAUCUCAGUACUCACUUACCAUAAGAUUGUCGAGGCUUUCAAGUUUGCCUUUGCCCGCCGGUCACAACUUGGGGAUCCAGACUUUGAAAACAUAACACGGCUCGUCAAGAACAUGACAAGUCCCGCGUACGCAGAGGCUCUUCGUCGCCUCAUCUGGAACAAUAGAACUCACAACUUCACGUACUACGGGGAAGAGACGUUGAUAGGGAAUGACGGUGGCACGUCACAUCUGUCGAUAUUAGCUGCUAACGGCGACGCUGUUAGUGUUACGAGUUCAGUCAACUAUCUACUCGGCGCUGUAUAUCGUUCAAACCGAACGGGAAUAAUAUACAAUAAUGGCAUGGAUGACUUUGGGAUACCUGGUCAAAACAAUAUCUACGGCCUCCCCCCGACACCGGUGAAUUUCAUCAAGCCUGGCAAGAGAGCUCAGUCAUCUAUGAGCCCUGUUAUAUUCACCAAUAGACAGGGGGAGGUAGUGUUUGUAGCAGGCGCCUCAGGAGGACCACGGAUUAUAUCAUCUAUAUGUCUGGUAUUCAUGAGUAAAAUGUGGUUCAAUAAAACCCUCCUAACAUCAGUCAAGGAACCUCGUUUGCAUCAUCAAUGGAUUCCAAACGAAAUAAACAUCGAGACCGUAGACCCUUACAUCUUACGCCAACCCAUCCAAGAUGGCCUAAAAGCUCUUGGGCAUCGAAUCGUGAAAAAAUCGUACGCAGUAGUACAAGCGAUUAAUAGGGAAGUGGAUGGACGUAUAUACGGUGUGUCCGACCCUCGUAAAUACUCCUGGGCGGCAGGAUAUUAGUAUCAAUCCUUAUUAACAAAUAAGGGGGUGAGGGGUGAGUAGGGGACUAGCGAAUGAAAGGGAAGAAUGAAUCAAAAAAGGUUGUAUGGUAAAAUUUCACCAGUCAUUCCCUUGAAUAUUAUGUCUUUGUUUAUAGGAUGAUUUUUUAUGUGUAUCAUUCAUUCCCUUGAGUAUCAUGUCUUUGUUUAUAGGAUGUUUCAUGUACACGGAUAAUAUCAGAGCACCACCCAUUUCAUUGAAUAUUAUGGCUUUGCUAAUCGCUACUUGGAACCAUUUUCCCAAGCAAACUAAAAUACAGAAUCUGCCCCUAAUAUAAAAGGAAAGCAUUACUUCUUAGCUUCUUUACCAUUUAUUAAACCUUUCAGAUCUAUAA